UCGUGCCACUGCCAUCCGGUCCUCGCCGAGGAAGAAGAAGGUGCCUAUCUUCGUUCAUGCUGUUCGUCCAUGGGACGAUCGCGGACGACCGGAAGUGCAACGCAGAUGGGGGAAGAGCAUCGCAGACGAGGGAAGAGCAACGCAGACGACGGAAGGGCACCGCAGACGAACCCGAAGGACGAGCAUCGCCAGACGAAUCUGAAGGAUGCGCAACGCUGACGAACCAGAAGGACGAGCACCGCCAGACGAAUCUGAGGGAUGCGCACCGCAGACGAACCAGAAGGAUGCGCAACGCUGACGAACCAGAAGGACGAGCACCGCCAGACGAAUCUGAGGGAUGCGCACCGCAGACGAACCAGAAGGAUGCGCAACGCUGACGAACCAGAAGGACGAGCACCGCCAGACGAAUCUGAGGGAUGCGCACCGCAGACGAACCAGAAGGAUGCGCAACGCUGACGAACCAGAAGGACGAGCACCGCCAGACGAAUCUGAGGGAUGCGCACCGCAGACGAACCAGAAGGAUGCGCAACGCUGACGAACCAGAAGGACGAGCACCGCCAGACGAAUCUGAGGGAUGCGCACCGCAGACGAACCAGAAGGAUGCGCAACGCUGACGAACCAGAAGGACGAGCACCGCCAGACGAAUCUGAGGGAUGCGCACCGCAGACGAACCAGAAGGAUGCGCAACGCUGACGAACCAGAAGGACGAGCACCGCCAGACGAAUCUGAGGGAUGCGCACCGCAGACGAACCAGAAGGAUGCGCAACGCUGACGAACCAGAAGGACGAGCACCGCCAGACGAAUCUGAGGGAUGCGCACCGCAGACGAACCAGAAGGAUGCGCAACGCUGACGAACCAGAAGGACGAGCACCGCCAGACGAAUCUGAGGGAUGCGCACCGCAGACGAACCAGAAGGAUGCGCAACGCUGACGAACCAGAAGGACGAGCACCGCCAGACGAAUCUGAGGGAUGCGCACCGCCAGACGAACCAGAAGGAUGCGCAACGCUGACGAACCAGAAGGACGAGCACCGCCAGACGAAUCUGAGGGAUGCGCACCGCAGACGAACCAGAAGGAUGCGCAACGCUGACGAACCAGAAGGACGAGCACCGCCAGACGAAUCUGAGGGAUGCGCACCGCAGACGAACCAGAAGGAUGCGCAACGCUGACGAACCAGAAGGACGAGCACCGCCAGACGAAUCUGAGGGAUGCGCACCGCAGACGAACCAGAAGGAUGCGCAACGCUGACGAACCAGAAGGACGAGCACCGCCAGACGAAUCUGAGGGAUGCGCACCGCAGACGAACCAGAAGGAUGCGCAACGCUGACGAACCAGAAGGACGAGCACCGCCAGACGAAUCUGAGGGAUGCGCACCGCAGACGAACCAGAAGGAUGCGCAACGCUGACGAACCAGAAGGACGAGCACCGCCAGACGAAUCUGAGGGAUGCGCACCGCAGACGAACCAGAAGGAUGCGCAACGCUGACGAACCAGAAGGACGAGCACCGCCAGACGAAUCUGAGGGAUGCGCACCGCAGACGAAUCUGAAGGAUGCGCACCGCCAGACGAACCAGAAGGACGAGCAACGCUGAGGACUGGAAAUGCAACGC